AUGUCCCUGUCAGAACACACUAUGUCAGAAACGUUCCGGGAGCUUCCAAUAGGCGUUUUGAGCCCGGAAUCGACGCAAGAAUCGAUGCAGGAAUCGGUACCGGAAUCGGUUCAGGAAGCCCUUCAACAUGAACAGCAGCAACAGGAGCAGCAUCAGGAUAGCUCGCUGGGUCAGCAAGCUGUCAUGGCACAAAAUUCGGCCGUUCACUGGCGGCAGACAUCCGGAAAGUAUACCUUGAAGGAUUUUCAUAUACUGCGGACACUGGGAACCGGGUCUUUUGGCCGCGUUCAUCUUGUGCGCUCCAACCAUAAUGGCCGUUUCUACGCAAUGAAAGUGCUGAAAAAGAAAACCAUUGUCAAACUUAAGCAGGUAGAGCAUACCAACGACGAGCGGCGCAUGCUCUCCGUGGUAUCGCACCCGUUCAUCAUCCGUAUGUGGGGGACUUUCCAGGACGCAGAGCAGGUGUUUAUGAUUAUGGACUACAUCGAGGGUGGCGAGCUUUUCUCGCUGCUGCGCAAAUCCCAAAGAUUCCCAAACCCAGUUGCCAAGUUUUAUGCUGCCGAAGUAUGUUUGGCUUUGGAAUACAUGCAUUCUCAAGACAUAAUUUACCGAGAUCUGAAACCCGAAAAUGUGCUACUGGAUAAGAACGGUCAUGUUAAAAUUACAGAUUUCGGGUUCGCCAAGUUUGUGCCGGAUGUCACGUAUACACUGUGCGGCACUCCGGACUAUAUCGCCCCCGAGGUAGUGAGUACGAAGCCCUACAAUAAGUCUGUGGAUUGGUGGAGUUUUGGUAUACUUAUAUUUGAGAUGUUGGCUGGCUACACCCCAUUUUACGACGCAAACACCAUGAAGACCUACGAAAACAUUCUAAAUGCUGAAUUACAGUUUCCGCCCUUUUUUCACGCUGACGUACAAGAUCUUCUGAGUCAAUUGAUUACUCGCGACUUAAGCAAACGGCUGGGAAAUUUACAAAAUGGUAGUGACGACGUUAAAAACCAUCCGUGGUUCAGCGAGGUCGUAUGGGAGAAACUGCUGUGCAGGAACAUUGAGACUCCGUACGAACCUCCCAUCCAGGCAGGCCAAGGUGAUACUUCUCAAUACGAUAGAUACCCAGAAGAGGAGAUUUUUUAUGGGACAGAAGCAGAAGAUCCACAUCAAGAGCUGUUUGCGGAAUUCUGA